AUGGCAAACUUUGAUUUGCCUCCUCCUCCAGCAAAUCCAUCUGUGGAUUCUGGUUCUUCCACCACUACUGAGUCCAUUCAGCCCACUGGCACUAAUGACUCUUCUCAUCCCUUUUACCUUCACCCAUCAGACUCACCAAGGAUGAUCCUUGUUAACUCAAUCUUUGAUGGUAAGAGUUAUGGAGGUUGGCGUAGAGCUGUCUUCAUAGCUCUCUCAGCCAAGAAAAAACUUGGAUUCAUAGAUAGAUCUAUCACUGAGCCAACAGCUUCUUCUCCUUCUUUUAAGGCUUGGAAUAGGUGUAAUGACAUGGUGAUCUCCUGGCUAUUGAACUCACUCUCCAAAGAAAUUGCUGAGAGUGUUCUCUAUUCAAAAACUACCAAAGAAAUAUGGAAGGAGCUGGAGGACAGUUGUGAAUGCUCUUGUGGAGGAAAGAGCAGAUCUCUCAAAUCUCAACAAGAUGGUAGGCUCAUUCAGUUUCUCAUGGGACUGAAUGAGGCAUACUCUGGGGUAAAGAGCAACAUUCUGAUGGGAUCUCCACUUCCCAGCAUCAAUCAUGCUUAUUCUCUGUUAAUCCAAGAGGAGAAACAGAAGGAAAUUCAUGUUGCUCAACAUCCAGUUGACUCUGCUUUCAUGGCUGCAAAACAGCAGUAUGGUGCCCAGAAAUUUGUUAAUACAGAGAAGAAGGGAAACUUUGAAGGAAAAAGAAAUAAUAUCAUAUGCAACUAUUGCAAGAAACCUGGACAUACAGCUGAAAGGUGCUACAUAAUCAUUGGUUUCCCUACAGAUUUUAAGUUCACUAAAAAUAAGAGAUUUCAGAAUGGAGUACAGGGUAAUGCUGUACUCACAGCAGAUGAUAAUGCAAAUCAAUCAGUGGCUAAUGCAGAAAGGGGAAUUACUCAAGAACAAUACAAUAACCUUUGUCAGUUGCUUCAACAAGUCAAACAUGCACCUCAAGGAGAGAUAAGUUCUGAGGUUAAUGUCACUGCCAACUGUGCUGGUAUACCUUCACAUUCCUUCUCUAAUGUUCCUAACUCUGUUGUUUGGAUUGUAGACUCAGGUGCUUCUGAGCAUAUGACAUGUGAUUUUACUCUUUUAUUCAACAUCCAAACUCUAAUCAAGCCUGCCCCUUCAAUGAAGAGGCCAGUGGUUCUUGGUAAAGAAAAGAAGGCAAUAUAUCUACUCCACUCCAUCAAGCCUAGUUCCAGUUAUUUGAAUUCAAAGAAGGACUUAUGUCCAACUUCUCUUAGUUGUAAUAGAGCUAGUACUCAGUCUUUAGUUUCAGUUUUAUCUUCUACUGCUUUCUCAACUGAUACUUCACAUUUCACAGAUAACCUGAUUAAAGAAUCUACCAACUCAGUACCUCAAGUUCUUACUUCAAGGGACCCUACUCAUAUCUCUCCAUCACCUUCUCAUAUAUCAACUCCUGUUGCACCCUCUCAUCCUUCCCCAAUAAGAAUUCCCUCUUCACCAAAUAAUAUAUCAGCACCUGAACUCAGAAGAUCAUCCAGACCUCACAGAACUCCUGAGUAUCUCAAAGACUAUGUUUGCAAUUCAGUCUUUUUAACUGAUCUCACUUCCUCAUGCUUUUCUGCUCCUACCCAACCUACUGUGUUACCUUUUUCUGCUUUGUCAGCUACCAACCAAUCCUUACUCAAAUCCAUUACCUAUAUCACAGAACCUACAUCCUAUUACCAAGCAGCACUUCACCCAGGGUGGCAAGAGGCUAUGGCCAAAGAACUUGAAGCCUUAGAGGCUAACAAAACCUGGGAAGUGGUUUCUCUACCUGUUGGGAAGAAGGCUUUGCCUUGCAAAUGGGUAUACAAAGUUAAGUAUAGGUCUGAUGGUACUUUGGAGAGAUACAAGGCAAGUAAAAAAGAACUGGGAAUUGUUUCAACUGGAUGUAAAAAACGCCUUCUUGCAUGGAGAUUUGCAAGAAGAGGAAGGAUCACUAUAGUUGCUGUUUAUGUCGACGAUAUUUUAGUAACAGGGGAUGAUCACUUAGAGCAGUUUCAAUUAAAGGAGUUUCUUGAUUCUGAGUUCAAAAUUAAGGACCUAGGUCAUGCUCACUACUUUCUAGGUAUGGAAAUUAUUCGGGAACCAUCUGGUUUAAUUUUGACUCAAAAGAAAUUUACCUUAGAUUUGUUAACAGAGUUUGAAGUGAGCAAUCUUAAGCCUGCAUCCUCACCAAUUGAUCCCAGUCUACAUCUUCGAGCUGAACAAGGAAUGGGAUUGCUCAUGAACCCUGAUCCCUCGCUUCAUCUUGUCGCCUUUUGUGACUCCGAUUGGGGAAGAUGUCCUGACACUCAUCGAUCAGUUAGUGGAUUCUACAUCAGUCUUGGAGGUUCGCCGGUAUCCUGGAAAUCAAAGAAACAGCCUUUAGUUUCCUUAUCCUCAGCUGAGGCGGAGUACAGAUCAAUGCGACGAGUAGUUGCAAAGGUUACCUGGUUGGUUCGCUUACUUGAAGAUUUCUCUGUUCCUCCAUCUUUGUCGGUACCUCUGCACUCUAAUAGUCAGGCAGCCAUCCAUAUCACCAAAAAUCCAGUUUUCCAUGAGCGUACAAAGCACGUGGAGCUGGACUGUCACUUUGUCCGGCAACAGUUUCUAGCCGGAAUCAUCUCUCUCUCUUAUAUUCUGUCACAUAACCAGCUCGCCGACGUCUGUACCAAACCCUUGUCGGGCUCUGCUCACAGAUCUAUCAUCGACAAGUUGGGUGUCACUUCAUCCCCUCCAACUUGCGGGUGA